CUCAGAUAAGUCUGCGGUAACUUGGCAGUGCUUUUUCUUCCUUGGGCAGGACCAAAUGACCAGAAACAGCAAAUGGCCAACAGCAGCUCAGUGAGCAAGUUCCUCUUCCUGCCAUUCGCAGACACGCGGGAGCUGCAGCUCCUGCACUUUGUGCUCUUCCUGGGCAUCUACCUGGCUGCCCUCCUGGGCAACGGCCUCAUCCUCACCGCCAUAACCUGCGACCACCGCCUCCACACCCCCAUGUACUUCUUCCUCCUCAACCUCACCCUCCUCGACCUGGGCUGCAUCUCCACCACUCUGCCCAAAGCCAUGGCCAAUUCCCUCUGGGACACCAGGGCCAUCUCCUAUGACGGGUGUAUUGCACAGGUGUUUCUAUUUGUACUUUUUAUGUCCGUGGAAUAUUCCCUUCUCACCGUCAUGGCCUACGACCGCUACGUUGCCAUCUGCAAGCCCCUGCACUACGGGAGCCUCCUGGGCAGCAGAGCUUGUGCCCAGAUGGCAGCAGCUGCCUGGGGCAGUGGGGUUCUCAAUGCUGUCCUGCACACGGCCAAUACAUUUUCACUGCCCCUCUGCCAAGGCAAUGCUGUGAACCAGUUCUUCUGUGAAAUCUCCCAGAUCCUCAAGCUCUCCUGCUCUGAUGCCUACCUCAGGGAAGUCAUGGCACUUGUGUUUAGCUUUUCUUUAGGCUUUGGUUGUUUUUUUUUCAUUGUGGUGUCCUAUGUGCAGAUCUUCAGGGCUGUGCUGAGGAUGCCUUCUGAGCGGGGCCAGCUCAAAGCCUUUUCCACAUGCCUCCCUCACCUGGCCGUGGUCUCCCUCUUUGUCAGCACAAUCAUGUUUGCCUACCUGAAGCCCCCCUCCAUCUCUUCCCCAUCCCUGGACCAUGUGGUGGCAGUUCUGUACUCAGUGGUUCCUCCAGCAUUGAACCCCUUCAUCUACAGCAUGAGGAAUAAGGGACUGAAACAUGCCCUGUGGAAACUGAUAUCUUGAGGUGUUUCAGAAGAAAUUAUUUUUCAGUCAUCUUCUGCAAAUGAC